AUGGAUGUGUUGGGUGAGUGGGUUCCUCUCGCAGGCAAAAAAUGCGAUUGUAGCAAAUCUGGGCUGAAGUGCUUUUAUGAUGAGACCUGCCCUGGACUUGGAUGCGGAGCUGAAGGAAAGACGAACUGCCGAUUCUGUGGUUCGGGCGAGUUUGCAGACUGCCCAGCUCCACAGACAUCGGAGCCGAAGGAAGAUAAGGCUCCUCAUGAAGCUCCUCCGAAGAAGGAGAAGAAGGAGAAGGCCAACAAGCCAUCGACCGACACUCCAAGCUUGAUUCUGGGGGACCACAAGACCAAGCUGCCCCAUGCGGGCCAUAGCAGUCACAGCAUGAAGUGCCCCUGCGAAUCCUCACAGACACAGCGGUGUUUCUACGAUCCUUCUUGUCCCGGACUCGGUUGCGGUGCCCUUGGCCAUGUCCACUGUCGGUUCUGCGGCGGGCACUUCAACGAGUGCCCUUCUGCACAUGAACUGGCGAUUCUCGCAGCUCUUGCAACCUCAAAGCCGCCUGCAAACGCCGAUACGCAUCCGCCCCCUGCAGCAGCUGUGGCCACCCAGCCCCAAUCCAUAGCGCUGAAGGAAUCCCCGACCCUGCUUGACAAGCCAAUGUCCUUCGACGUGUACCGAUGCAUGGCAGCAGCUGCAGUUGACACCCAUCCAAUGGAGGAUGACGACAUUGCUGAUCUGGCUGGUGCGAUCAAGUACGUGCAUACCGAGAUUUUGACGGAGCAUUUGCAGAGCCCGAUCAGAACAAGUCGCAAGUAUCAUGUUGAUGCGAUCACGGCUCACCGAUUCAGGAUCAAGAACCCGAGCACAAUUCUGCACAGGUCAGAUGCCUUGCAGGGUGAGUUUGGUGCUUUCGUGACCUACGACUGGGGGAAGGCAACAAAUCCAGCUCAGCUGCCAAUGAUCGCGGACAAGGGCAACUUCGUCGGCAUUGCACCGUGCACAAACUUGCAUUGUGAUGUGCGCUUCCCGCGGCACAUGCCCUACUCCUGGCUGUCUCUCGGCAACUGGUGUCCCAAUCUCACCUGGGACAAGAAGGGCUCGAAGAAAGAGCCAAAUCCAAGCUGCUUAAAAUCGACUGCGGACAAGACCAUCAUCAAAGGUGGGCUUUGUCCGAACGGCUUCACGGCGCAGAGCACAAACCCAGGCUCCGAUCCAUCGGGGGAGCAAGAAUGCGUGUACACCUAUGGCAAGGCAAAGGUGGUGAAAUGGGAUGACAUUGUCGGAAUUACUCGGGAGGACUGCGGCAAGCGUAAAUGCAAAGAUUGGCUCGAUUUUCGAAUGAACUGCACGAACAGCCAGUACAAACGGCAGUUUACGCUGGACGGCAAGACAAAAACUGUGGACUAUUGCAUUGAGUUCGACAUUCAUCCUGCCUGUGAAGCGAACUGCGAGGUCGACAAGUGCAAGGACUUCUUGGCAAGUGGAAAGGAGACAUACCUCGGACUGGCCUUCUGGCACGGUCGUUGUGAUCCAAGAGCAAAUGAGAGACGCAUCGAGAUGGUUGCCUAUGCCCUCGGCAUUCCCGGUGCUUUGAAGAGCCACGAACUGGUCGAUACCGAAACGCUCGAAAGACCGUGCCCUCUUUCGAAAGGAACCAGCUGGACAUGUCAACCGGUUGAUGGUCAUGGACCAUACUGCACACGGAGCUACAAUGGAGCCUGUGACCAGUGCUUCAUUCCAGGCGUGGUGAAUGGAGUGUCCCUCAAGCCGUGGUGCCCGCUGGAUAUCCUGAGUACACCCACAUACACGGACAUGCCGAAGCCUCAUUGCAAGAGCCGCGCUGCGUCAGAUGGCUGCUGUUUGUACACCAACACCUGCGAGGGAACAUCCGAUCCCUCCACGGCUGCCUUGACUGAUGAUGGCCUGGCCUUGGUGGCUUCAAGGAGAAGCACGCUCGACAUGGAGCAGUUUUUGAGACGUGCUGCAUCCAAGGAGCAUCGCUUCUCCAGCUUGGACGUGGCAAGCGUGAAUUUGAAAUGGGCCGCCUACUUUGCUUGGAGCACAGCCCCCACAGACAGGAAGCUGGCUCAGGCUUUGGAUGAAUUGGAGAUGUUCCUCUCAUCCAAGACGGCGGUGAUCACCCAGUAUGCGACAACUACGACUACCACACUACCCAAAGUGCACGUCGGGCCUGCAAAAGUGCCGUCUUCACUGGAGUGUGCAGAGCGCGAGGUCUCCUUCAUGCCGCUUGACAUGCCUGACGUUCCUAUGACACUGUCAACUUUGGCAGAGUGCCAGAAGAAGUGUUCCGAGCAAAAGGGCUGUUUUCAUUUCUCCUUCUUGGCGGCUACUGGCUUGAAGCAAGGCAGCUGCCACUUGGCCGGCUUUUCCGCGCUUGCGGAGGUCUACAGCCCGUCGUGGAUUUCAGGACCUCCAAAAUGCUGGAAUGACUUAGAGGAGAAGAGUUUGAUGAUUGACAAAGGCCACAAUACAUACGUGCCGGUUGACUUUGCUUGCAUGUCCUGGGGCAGCUCUUUCCCUCCUACGGAUGGCCCACUCAUCUCUUUGCCCCCCCAGGACUUUCCGAAGGAGGAAGAUGCUGUUCUGGAAUGCCAAAAGCGCUGCCGCAAGAAGAAGAACUGCGAGCAUUUUACAGUGUCUUUCCCUCUUCGAACUUGUGCUCUUGCCGGUCCUGGAGCCAUGGUUGUGGAUGGCAUUGCUGGGGCAAUUUCCGGACCACCCAAGUGCGACGAGAAAGCCAUGCAGUCAUACUACUGGGAGGUUCUGCCGAACGAGGCCCAGCUCCCCUGGAGAUGGGCCCCACCACUAAGUGCGAUGAUGAUCUCGGGUGUUCUGCUGGCGGCCGGUGUUGCUUUCUUUGUGUUUCGACGUCGACAACCUCAACGUACGGUGCGCGGCGUGCAAAGAGCCCUUGUUCCGGAGGAUGAUCGACUUGAAUCAUGGUGGCAGGAAUCCGAGGACGUUGAGAUGACAGCGCUCGAGUGA